AUGCUGAUAAUUUUUUGUUUUGUAUUUAUAGUAUCAAAAAAACAUGAUCAAUUUUGGAAUUUUUUAAUUGAAAAAGCACAGCCAUCUUUAGUGCAGUUAAAAGGGUCUUCUAUAGAUAGACUUUUAAAUGUCCAUGGGGUAGAUUAUCAAUCAGAAAUAAAUUGGGAAAUGCAAAUUAGAGGGAGAAUAAAGAAAAUAAAAUCAAAUUUGCAUAAGCGUUAUAUAUGGAGAGUAAUGAUAUUUUUUGUGUUUGCUAGUUCUUAUUAUUUAUUAAUUUUUGGGUAUUUAUAUCCGAAUUGCGAAAGAAAUAUGAUAAGUCGGCCAAAAUUACUUAAUCUUAACAAUAAAAAUAUAUUUAAUUACUAUGAACUUGAGAUUAUUUAAAUUUUCAAAUAAUUAAUAGAGAAAAUACAAACAGAAGAAAAUAGGUAAAUUUAAAAUUUUAUUUUUACUAGUAAAUUUUCCCAAAAAUUUAUUUCCAUUUAUUUGUUUGCUAUUAAUUAUAGUAAUUAGUAAUUUUAAUAUUCGAAGGUCCCUCUUAUCAAGACUGACUGUUUUUGCGCGUGAAACAGCGCUACCUUAUUGAAAAUAUCAUUUACCUCAAUCUUAUCCAUUUGAAAACUCUUUUAAUUUAUUCUUGGCAACCUGAAAUGAACUAACUCCUCUUCUUUGAAUUGAAACCAAAAAUCGGUAAAAAUUUCCUGUUCUUGAGUACUUUAAUCCCUCUAUAAAUUAGGAAAAUUUUAUAGAGAAAAAUACUAAAUGUUAUAAAUUGAUUUUGAACUAAUUUAAUGGAAAAAUACAAUAAAAAAAAUUAAAUUAAAUAUUUUUAUAGAGAAAAAUUUGAUAUGAUUUUUUAAAAAAAAAAUUCAACCCCAUUAAAUCGAAAAGAGCUUUUUAAACGGGGAAGUAAGUAUAAAAACAAAAGAGAUAAGAGGAAAUAACUUUUUAGGAUUAAUGUCUAAAGAGCUUAAAGAAAGGAUGUUCGAAAAAGGAGAUAGCACCUCAGAUCAACUUCAUUUUGGAAUGAGUUCUGCAGUAUUUUCUAUUAAAAAUGAUAUUUAUAAUAGUUUACAUUGAAAAAACUAUGCUCCUUCAGUUAUGAUCCCAUUCUUGGACGAAGUCACAAAAAUUGAAGAUGAAAUUGGCUUAGAAUAUGACUUAGCUGAUAGAAAUUCAAAAAGUGUGAUAAAUAGUCAGCUAAACGAAAUCAUUUACAUAACUGUUAUUUACUCGCUAGCUGUGGGUUUUCUGUUCCUUUUUUAUUAUUUUAUAUAUUUGAAUAAACAAAUUAAACAAUUGGAGAGUUUUGAGACUUUGCAGACAAUUUUAUCAAUGGGAUCAUAUUAG